CUUAAAAUAAGACAAUUUCGUCCUGUACGUGUUCGAGUGUCCCGUUUUUCCGUGUCUGUCAGUAAUCUGCAGACAGAAGGAUAACAAAAGAGUUCAACUUUAGAUGAAUUUAUAGCAUAUGCCCAGCUUACCACAUUUCUCACGUAUUGGAACUUGUUGCAGAUCAUUGGAAAAAAUAAGGUUGUCCGGAUCCAUGGAGAAGCACACAGGGCAGGGAACAGCAAGUUGUAAACCAUUAACUACAUUUGUGCAAACGGAUACAAAUGCUUUCCGAGAGGUUGUGCAGCGAUUAACAGGCCCAUCGGAGACUGACGCAGCGCAGGGGUCAGCAGCUACAAAGGUGGCAGCAAGUAUGAAGAGAUCAACGUCUAAAUUACAUGAAAGACGGCAGUACACAAGGCCGAAGCUAGUGAUCGUUAAACCCACUGUCAACUUCAAACCUUUGACUUCUCCGACCACAUCACGGAAUCCUUCUCUUCACCCAAGUCCUGUUGGCACCCCUUCCACAGUAUUCUCAAAACUGACGAUAGAAGAAGAAGAAAACAAAGGAGAAUUGAUAAUAAGUGAGGAAGAAGAGAAAGCUAUAAAAGAGAGGCGAUUUUACUUGCAUCCAUCACCUCAGUCUAAACCACCACCGGAGCUGCUUACCUUGUUUCCUUUGACAUCCCAUAAAACAAGUUAAAAACUAUAAAUACAGCUCAAUGAUGUCACCAUACAUACCAAAGGAGUAAAUAUGUAACUGCUAACUUUUAAGGCCCUGGAUGAAGGGAUUUGUGUGCAGACUGCAGCAGCAGGAAUCCUAACUUGAAAAUUGUAUUAUGUAUAUGAAACUCAACUUGCCUUGAAUUGUAAUAUGUCUAGAAGUUGAUGUAAUUGAAAUGGCUCUUUGAUUUGUAAAUUGUUAA